AUGGCUACGGAAGAUGACGAGACGAAGCCGUUGAUUUCGGUGAACGAAACCGCAAUUCGGGAAGUAUCCUUCCUUCGUGGAGCGGUCCCUUGUGGAAUCAUCAUGAUGCUGUAUUUCUUAGCUGGCUACAUCUCCAUUUCUUGGAUGCCACAGUACAUACAUCAGCGGCUCUACGAAAGCUACACCAACUCCUCCAGUAAAAGCCACCACUACGUGUAUAGCUGUAAUCGAACCGAGAGCGACAACAGUACACUCUUGGAGAUAAAACUCCAGAAGGAGACCUCGGAGAGAGUCCUGUACUACUCCUAUGCAACCAGUCUGCCUUCCCUCCUCGUGAACCUGGUUAUGGGAUCCUACUCCGACAGCAUCGGACGAAAACUGUUUUUCGUGAUUCCAAUAAUCGGAUGUUUGGGCAAAGGUGUAGUGUCCAUGUUGGUGGUGAAGCUAAAUUUGGACCUGGAUUAUUUUUACCUUGCCUUUGGACUGGACGGAAUAGGGGGUUCGUUCACGACCUUUCUUUUGGCGAUGUUUGCCUACACUGCUGACAUCACUCCACCGAAGAACAAAAGAACCCUGGCUAUUGCCGCGCUGGAGGUGUUGCUUGCAACGGGUAUGAUCUCUGGGAAAUUCGCAACUGGACUUCUUAUUAAAUCAACGGGCUUCUUCUUUCCCAUGGUGUUAAACUCAGGGUUGGGGUUGCUGACAUUGUUAUUUGUGAUUUUCUUCUUGGUGGAGACUACACACGGCUCUGAGAAUUCGGGGAAAUCGCCUCUAAGUCACUUGAAGAAUGUCUUCGGCUUUUACCUCUUAACCGGGAGCCGUCGGCGCCGACUCCAGUACGUCAUUGUGAUGCUGAUAUUCUGCCUUGGACUGGUCGGCAGAUUUGGUCGCGAUAAUACCGAGACAUUGUACGUCUUGAACCAGCCGUUCUGCUGGCUUCCCGACAAGAUCGGUUACUUUGGGGCGCUGCGAACCGGUCUCACUUCCUUGGUAACCAUGCUGUUUAUCAAAGCAUGUCUGACCUGUCUCAGAGACGAGUUCAUCAUAGCCACUGGGAUGCUCGGAGAAAUCGGCGGACUUGUUCUGGAGGCGAUGGCGACGUCAGACCUGAUGAUGUGGUUGGUGCCCGUGGUGUCUAGCACCGAGGCGACGUCGUCCCCAAUAACGCGCUCCAUGCUGUCGCGAAUGACGUCGCCGUCGCAGCAAGGGGCGGUGUUCGCGUCGAUCGCCACUCUGGAGACGAUCACCAAUUUCGUGGCGAACACAAUGUAUGGUUCAAUAUACAGCGCGACCGUGGGGGGCAGUGUUAGAGGGGCCGUGUUCUUGAUCAUGUCCGUGUGGCCCUUCCUCGCAAUCGUGGCGUCCAUUUCGCAUGUGUUUGUGGCAGAGAAAGAAACCAAAGACACGGUGCUGAUCGUUGACGAUCCAGGAAAACAAAACGUCUCUUGCUAA